AUGGAUCCUGCGGGAAUCGCGGAAGUCGCGAUAAUGGCAGGAACCGCGGGAAACGCGGGAAAUGUGGGACACGCAGCAGCGAACGUGUCGCUGGUGCUGUCAGAGAGCGCGUCGUCGGAGAUUCUCGCGUGUUCCUUCCUCAUGGCGACGACCAUGCUCGUCGCUUACAUCUCUAAGAAACACCACUGGGUCUACUUUCCUGAGUCAUCGGCGGCGCUGGUGCUGGGAAUGGUGUUCGGCGUGCUCUCCCUCGUCCUGGAGGACGACCUGGCGUUCACGUUCAGCCCGGAGAUCUUCUUCUAUGGCCUCCUCCCCAUCAUCAUCUUCAACGCCGGAUACGCCCUGAAGAAGAAAGAUUUUUUCCGCAAUUUCUGGACCAUCACCCUCUUUGCUGUGGUGGGGACCAUCAUCUCCACGCUGGUGUACGGGCUUGCCACGUACUCCCUCGUCCGAGCUGGCAUUGUGACCCACAUGACGUCAGACUCGCCUCUCCUCGAGUCGCUCAUAUUCGGAUCGCUCAUUUCCGCCAUCGACCCUGUUGCUACGCUUUCUAUUCUGCAAGCACCAAUGCUCCUCUACAACUUGGUGUUUGGCGAGAGCCUUGUGAACGAUGCCGCCUCCAUCGUGCUCUUCCAUGCAUUCUCCUCCUUCACACAUUCGGCACCUUUGCUCCCAUUUCCGUUCUUUCUCCGCCGCAUGGCAGACGUACAAGCACCAACGCUCCUCUACAAUCUGGUGUUUGGAGAGAGCCUCGUGAACGACGCUGUCUCCAUCGUGCUCUUCCGCACCUUCUCCUCCUUCACCAAUCAGGAGUUCUCUAUGGCCAGCAUCGCCACUGCAAUAGUCCAGUUUCUGGGCAUCAGCGUGGGCUCAAUCCUGCUCGGAAUCCUCGUGUCCCUCCUCUGCGCCCUCGCCUUACGAUUCAUCGAUAUCAACAGCGAGUUCUCAAAGUUUGAGCUUUCUCUCGUGCUUGUCUCGGGCUACCUCUCCUACUCCGUCGCUGAAAUGCUCUCUCUCUCCGGCAUCAUGGCUCUGUUCUUUUGCGGCAUCUGCAACGCUCAUUACGGUCCCCUUGAGGGCAGAGGCACGCAAGUUCGAGCUCUCGCUCGUGCUUGUCUCUUCCUACCUCUCCUUAAGAUGCUCUCUCUUUCCGACAUCAUGUCCCUCUACUUCUGUGGCAUCUGCAAUGGCCACUACGGGUACUACAACAUUUCGCACGCGUCCAAGAUCAGCAGCAAGUACGCGUUUGAAGCGCUCUCCUUCAUGGCAGAGAUGUUCGUUUUCGCCUACCUGGGCAUGCAGGUGAGUGGUGCGCUGGGCAUGGAAGUGAGUGCUGCGCUGUGA